AUGAGUAUAGUGUAUUCAUUUGCCUUUGCAUCAUUAUAUUGGCAACAACCAGGUUUAUAUUCUGAUAAUGGGAUAUUACCGCUUCGUUUACAAAUUCAACAACAAAACAAAACACCGUUGAUUGUUAAACUCGCACGUUUAUUUAAUUGGGCACCGUAUCGAACUAUGGAAUUCGUGUUAUUAAUAUCAAUAUUAUUAGGUUCAUUAAUGAUUAUAUUUAAAUGUCUUCGUACAAGUUUAACAUUUGCAACACUUUGGCUAUCUUAUUAUAGUUGUUUUCAAAUAGCUGGUCAAUUCUUAUAUUUUCAAUGGGAUACAUUAUUAUUAGAAGCAGGAUUUUUAACAAUACUUGUUGCACCAAUGAGAGUCUUAUAUUUAAAACGAAAACAAACCGAAGAUUUUAUAUAUCAAGAUCGAAUAACACUAUGGUUAAUACGAUGGUUAGCAUUUCGUCUUUUAUUCGCUAGUGGUAUUGUUAAAUUAACGGGUGGCGAUGAAACAUGGUGGUCAUUAACAGCAACAACCUAUCAUUAUCAAUCACAAUGUAUUCCAACCUCGUUAGCAUACUAUGCACAUCAUGUACCUGCUUGGUUACAUAAGUUAUCUACAGCACUUGUUUAUAUGUUUAUGUCUGGUACUGGAAUUCUGUUUUUUUCACCAUUUCGUAAACAUCGAAUAGUUGCUUUCGUCAUACAAACGAGUUUACAACUGCUUAUUGCCUUAACUGGAAAUUAUAAUUUUUUCAAUAUGUUAACAGUUGUUUUAUGUUUGGGUUUAAUUGAUGAUCAAUUUUUAGGUUAUUCACAAUGGGAAUCAGUAGAUGAACAGCCAAAACCAAAAAAAUCGUUUUCAAAGAUAUUUACAUUUUGUCGUCGAUUAAUUCAUCUUAUUCUAUUUACAACUUUUAUUUAUUUAACCAUACGAUGGUUUGACAUACAUUGGAAUAAUGAACAAGAAAUACUAUCGACAAGAAUAACAUUUAAUCAAGCACAAUUAGAUCGUUUCUUACGAAGAUUUUUACCUAUUUGUCUUUUUGUUGCAUGGUGCUCAUUAGUAUUUACUAUUGGAAGAUCAGUUUUUAUUGCUAUUUGUCGUCCGAAGAAAAUUUACGGGAAAAUUUUUCAUUCAACAGUUACAAUAUCAUAUGGAAUUCUAGCAUUGAGCUUAUUUUUUGUAUCCAUGUUUCAAUUUGCUGUUAUUGAAAGAAAAACACAAAAUGCUUUACCUGAUGUAUUAAAACCAUGGCAUGAUAAAUUUCAAGAUUACCAUAUUUUUAAUGCAUAUGGUCUUUUCAGAAGCAUGACUGGAGUCGAUGGUAGACCAGAAUUAAUAAUUGAAGGUGCAACAAGUAUAAAAAAUCCAAAAUGGAAAGAAUAUGAAUUUUUCUAUAAACCCGGUUCAUUAUCAACUGUACCUCCAUUCGUUGCUCCACAUCAACCCCGAUUAGAUUGGCAAAUGUGGUUUGCAGCUUUAAGCAAUUAUAAACAUGAACCUUGGUUGGCAUUUUUUCUCUAUCGCCUUUUAACAAAUCAAGCAGAAGUAUUACGAUUGAUUCAAACAAAUCCAUUUCCAACAAUACCACCAAAACAAAUACGUGUUCUGCUUUAUCGUUAUAAUUUUACUACGCCGCCAUCAAAAGAUUAUUGGAAACGUGAAUUAGUUAAUAACGAAUGGUUUCCAAUUAUUUCAUUAGAAAGUCAAUGGUUCAUGUCUUAUAUUCAACAACAAAACAUGGUACAAAUUACAAAACCAUUACCAACAAGCAUUCUUUUAGAUAUAAUACGCUCAAUUAGUAAUUUCAUGAAUGGUACUAUGUUUACAUGGUUUCCCGCUAUUAUAGCGUUCGUAUUUGUUAUUCUACGUAAAGUUCUUUGUACAAAACCGCAUACACCACUUUUGAUAAACAAAGACGACGAAUGGUAUCAACCUGUACCUUUGAAAGAUAAAAAUAAUUAA